UAAAAACAUUUUAUUAUCUUUUUAAAUUUCUACCUACUUGCGGUUAUUUGACUAGAAUUUGGACGGGGCUUUCUUUUUUAAUUUAGGUCUUCUCAAUCGAUGUAGUUAAAGUUAAUAACCAAGACUGUGCCCUAUGUUAGAUUUAAUUAAGGAAUUAAACAAGUAUAAGUACUACUUGUAAAAUAGAUUUUGUUAUACUUGAUCAAUAGUCAAUAGAAUGUUCUAAGAAUGCCCAGAGGUGUUUUAAGAGAAUUACAAUGUCCUGAGAAACCUAAUACCCGUCGUUCUUUGUCUUUGAAGAGAACACCAUUAACUACAAGAAAAAAAUUAAAUGAGAUUAACACAAAGAAAGAAAAAGAAAAAGAAAAAAUAAUACAACCAAAAGAUAUAGAUAUAUUAGGACAUUCCGCAAUUGAAGAUCCAUUCCAUUCCAAAGAAAAUAAUAUUGGUUUAUCUGAAGAAUUUAACAGUUUUCGUUCUUAUGUCUCUUCAAAAAAUGAUUUUUGUGCAAAAAGUGAUGAUACAAUAAUUUAUGAUUACAAUAUUGAAAAUCCUGUCAUUUCAUUAGCUUUCAAAUUUGACAAUACUAAAAAUGUUAAAGUUGGCACAGUAAAGACUAUCAUUAAGAAAUUCUCCGUGUCUCAUGAGAAUGAUGAUACGAACAUUACGUGCAAUCUCAUCGAGGAUUCAAGUGAAGAUAUACAAAGCGAAGGUACAAAUAUGUCGGGAAACGCAAAUGUACUUAGUCCAGAUAAGCAAACUGUUGCUGUCAAUUUAGAAAUUAAAAGAGAAAGGGCAACGACAAAUGAUAACAUCACAGAAGAAGAAAAAAUUCUAAUUUUGAACACUAAUGCCAUUGACAAACUUUCCCAUGUCAUUGUUCAACCACCAAAUUAUAAAUUUGUUAAAAGGGACGUUUCGUUUUGUGAUAAAUCUAAAACUGGUGCAAAAGCUAUAUCAAAUUUAGGACGUAAGAAUGGUAAAAUAUCAGUAAGAGGUGACGGUUGGAAACAAACAACUAUUAAUGAUUAUUUUGGUGGAAAACUUCUCGUGCAUACAAAGGAGUCUGGAAAAAAAUUCAUUCAAACACCAUUAAUUAAUUCAAUAUAUGCUAAGGAUUUAGUGUUCGAUGAUGUCGAGGAUAUGAGUAAAAAUUCAGGUGUCAAUGACACUUUAUUGAAAUACGAUAAAAUUAGACCGACGGUCAAAGUUUCGAGAGAAAAUGACAUGCAAUCGAAGGCAAGGUUAUGUUCACCGAAAAGGGACAGCGCAUCGCUCAGGCAACAGGAUCUUAAGGCGUCUAGUUCUGAGGUACCGCGAAGUAUUUCACCGAAGCUAAGGAACGGCAGCAUCAGUUCAUUCUCCCCGAGAAAGAAUUUGGAUUCGAUACAUUUCAGUCUACCGUCAAAAACAAGAAGCAAUAAAACUAAUGCGAAUCCUCGGAAUAUACCAUUUUACAAAAUUGUUGCAGGUACACAUUUUGCCGUAGACGCCUUUUCAUACGGUGACAUACCAAAUGUUAAUAUUUACUUUCUAACUCAUUUUCAUUCGGACCAUUAUACAGGACUCAAAAGAACGUUUAACAAAACUUUAUAUUGCUCAAAAAUUACAGCGGAUCUUUGUGUUGCCCGAUUAGGAGUGAAUCCAAAACAUUUACAAAUACUAAAUAUUGAUGAUACGAUCAAAAUUGAAGGUAUUGAUGUGACUGCAGUUGACGCUAACCAUUGCCCCGGCGCUAUAAUGCUCGUUUUUACGUUACCGAACGGAAAGAAUUUACUACACACGGGCGAUUUCCGAGCAUCGCCGUUUAUGGAAUCUUAUCCUGUUUUUUGGAAUAAAGAUAUGCACACUAUAUAUUUGGACACCACGUACUGCAAUCCCCGUUAUGAUUUCCCAACGCAAGACCAAAGUUUAGAAAUGGCGCUAAAUUUACUAAGAGACAAGAAAACAAAAUUGGAAGAAGCCGGAAAGAAAUUCUCGUCAGUGUUGAUAGUCUGUGGGGCAUAUACUAUAGGCAAGGAGAAGUUCUUCCUGGGUAUAGCGCGGCGCGUGGGCUGUUUGGUGUGGGCGUGCCCUGAGAAGGAUCGUGUACUGCAAGUGGUUGAAGGCCAGAGCUUCGGCCGCAGCGCUCCGCACACCUGCCAGCUUCACGUCGUGCCUAUGCGGGAGCUCACGCAUGAGAAGCUGCGAGCGCACCUUGACAGCUUGCAGGGCGCGUUUAGUGAGGUGGUGGCGUUCAAACCAAGCGGCUGGGAGAACGAUAAGGCCACUGCCGUUACUAGGGACGCGGUAACCAUACAUGGCAUCCCUUACAGCGAGCACUCCAGUUUCUCUGAGCUGAUUCGUUUCGUCAAGUUCCUGAAGCCGAAGCAAGUUGUACCCACGGUCGAUAUUUCGGGAGGUGUUAAAACUGUACAGCAAUUCUUCCCUUGCCCGCUGGUGUACAAGGAGGACCUGAAGUGCCAGAGUCGGCUGACGGAUUACUUCGGCGUGCAGUCCCGCCAGCGCGUGCAGCCCGUCUAGAUACCAAGUUCAUAUAGAUUUGGAGGACAGAUACAAAAGUAUUUCGGACAAAAGGUACCCCGGCGGCGG